CCUGGUGCAAGAUCCCUCUCCCGUCAACUGUGCCACGUCUGGGAAUCUUCCUUUAUAUAGCCGAAGAAACUCCAGCAACACCACUUCAAACCCGACGUGUAUGCAGAUUGUUCUCUCUCCCCUCUGUUGACCCCUCUCUCCCUCUCUCGUUUCCUCCCCCUGUUCAGGCUUAACCAUCCUGAGUGUUUGUAAAGACGAUUGUCAGUGCGCAGCGUCGCGGAGCCAAAAGGAGCUUUGCCACUGUUCCAUAGGAGACUGCGGGCUGCUGGAGAGUCAUGACAGCUGAGAAAAGUGGGCCGGUUAUAAACGGUAAACCAGAGGACGGUAAAGAUCCGGAAGGGUCCAACUCCAGCCUCGACCAUGGGGAGUACAAUGAGAGGGGCCAUUGGAACAACAAGAUCGAGUUUUUCCUUUCUGUGGCCGGAGAGAUCAUCGGGCUGGGCAACGUGUGGAGGUUUCCUUACCUCUGCUACAAGAAUGGAGGAGGUGCGUUCUUCGUUCCGUAUGUCAUCUUUUUUGUGUGCUGCGGUAUCCCCGUGUUUUUCCUGGAGACUGCCCUGGGUCAGUUCACCAGUGAGGGAGGCAUCACCUGCUGGAGGAAAGUCUGCCCACUGUUUGAAGGUAUCGGUUAUGCAACGCAGGUGAUUGAAGCUCAUCUAAACGUGUAUUACGUAGUGAUCCUAGCCUGGGCUAUCUUCUACCUCUUCAACUGCUUCACCACUGAGCUGCCCUGGGCGGGUUGUGGACAUUACUGGAAUACAGAGAACUGUGUUGACUAUUAUGGAGAAAAUGCCACCAACAUCACAAACCCCAACGCAACUUCUCCAGUCAUUGAAUUCUGGGAGUGA